UUGAUAUUCAGAAUGAUAUGAUUGAUACAAGGGUCGGCAAUAUGGAAAACUCUCAAUCUAAUUUACAGAUUUCGCUGGAAGAUAUACAAAAUAUUACGAAUAAGAAAGUUUCAAAAGGAGAUUUUGAGAUUUAUCAGUUCCAUGCGAGUAAGAUGAAUGCUACAAAGGAAGAUAUCUCUAAACUUGAAAAAUCUUUCAAACUGUUUGUGAGGACAGACGAAUUCGGAGUCACUCAAACUAAUAUUCAUCAUAUUGAAAAGUCUCUUAGAGAUGAUUAUUUAUCGAAAACAAAGCUAUCUGAUCUCUUAAAGAAGCUCAAGCAAGAAAUAAUGUCAGAGAUGCAAGAAAGUCAGAAAGGUUUAGAACUGAAGAUUUCUGAAGAGAUUGAUCGCCAGAGAUCAUGUAUUAAAGAAAACGAGAGCAAUAUAGCAGCAUUUAAUCAGAAGAUAUACACCAUUUACAGUAAAAUAGGAGAGGUCAAAGAUAAAUUAGAAGAAAAAGCUACUAAGAAAGACAUUGAAGAUAUUUAUAAAGAGAUGGAAAAAUAUUGAAGGUUCCAACAUGUCAAAGAUCUUGAAUUCAAAGUUAUGCCUAAGAUAACAAAUUUUGCAGAUUCCAUCAGUGAUUUUCAGACUAAGCUAGAUCAAACAGAUUCAAUUAUACAGAGAUUCGAUGAAAUCUUAUUAACGAAGGCAUCUAAAGUAACUUUAGAGUCCUUCAGAGACCAACUCCAUGUAUUCGCCACAAGAGAGCAGGCUGAAGCUAACUUGCAGAGAAUUAAGAAAGUUGAUGAUAAAGUGAAAAAGAUGAUUCUACAAACAAAUGAGAAUCUGAACUCAGUAGAGAAAGAAAUUUCAAAAACGCUCAAUAACUCAAUUUCAACAAUUGCAUCAAAAGUCUUGAAGGAAGUCCAGUUUAAAGCCAAUAUGCAAAAAUUCACUAUUGAAGAGCUUGAUGGAAUGCUUCAAGGCAAAGUUGGGAAUGCAGAGUUUGCAAAUGCUCUUGAAACAAAGGCUAAUAAAAAUGACACUACAACAGCGAUGAACUCAAUCGAGAUACUUCAUAAGCAGAACCAGAACAUAUGUGGAAUCAUAAUGGAAGCUUUAAAACAAGCAGCUGAUUCUUUUCUCAACACUGAUGAAAGCGAGAAAUCGCUUUAUGAGAAGAGAGUUCAGCUUCACAAACAAGCUUUGAGGGUGUCUAAAUGGAUCGAUAUGUUCACUCCAAAUGACAUCAGCAUUCUUGAAAAGGAGUAUUCAAAUCUUAAAUCAAUGAUUGAUUUCAAGAAUAGAACUUUUAACAUUAACAAGAAGUUCAAAAGAAACUUGAGUAAUAGCGAUCAUCUAGCAAACAGGAAGAAUAAAGUCUUCCGUGAUAAAGAUAUUCAACUAAUUUUGAACAGAGGAGCGACUAAUAAGAGUAAUGAAAGUAUCAAGAAAAGAGUAAACACAGAAGUAGAUGAAGAUGCAGAGACAUUAUAUGCCCUCCCAUCUGUUAAAAAUGCCAACAGAUCAGUCAUAAUGAAUAGUAGAGUUACUCCUAAAACUCAGAGAAAUAUUGCUAACUCCAUUCAGAUUAACAAAAAGAAGCUAUUUCAAAUACAAAAGAGAAAGCAGGUGUUUAGGAAUCACAAAAGAAAUGUCUCUUUUGAUGAAGCUGUUCGUGACGAGAGUCCUGCAAAGAUUAAUCAGAUAAUCUAAACUUGUGCAUUAUUUGGUUCAAUAAAUAUUGAC